AUGAAGACAACCGCCGACUCCCUCCACCGACAGCUCCAACUGACCACGCCCAGAAUUACGAGUCUCAUCCAGAACGUCCACCAUGAGAUCUCGUGUCUUGACUCAUUCUCCGAGAUCCGCCAACGUUUCACCCACACCGUCUUUGUGCGCCUCUCCGACCUGGACCGCUACCUCGUCCAGGCCGUCCUCCUCACUCCCAGCCCCUACAUUGACUUGUCCAAAGACAACGAACAAGAAAUUGAUGAGGUCAGCCGUCUUUUGUUUCUCAGGUGGUCAUGGGCCGAUGCGGUUCUCCGCAAUGUCCUUGCCUGCCUGAUUGAGUUCGUUGACCACAACACUCCAGGAUGUGUUAUCGCCGAUACUGGACAAGUUGAUGCUCUUGCUGAAGAACUUAGCAUACGCCAUGAUGAGAGGUUCCCUGGUGAUAGACGCGAGAGGAGAGUGGAGCAGCUGAUCCAUGAUGAGCUCAACGAGGACUUUUUCGAAGGAAUGAGAAAAGGUCCAUGGAAACUCAGUCGAGAGUUGGCCGACAUUACUAUCGCUCCGCAUCCGGACGAUGUCCCGAUAUGGAGGCUGGUGGCGCGCCAAGUGACAGACAGAUACCGUCCUUGCCUUCGUUGGCCAGGCGUACACUUUGCAGCAGCCAAGGCCGGGUUCUACGAGGACGUUCGACGAGAUCUGUUCGAACAUCCUUUCUACGAAGAAUGGUGGAGUGAAGCCUUCUCCGCCAUUCCAUGUGCAACACCCUCAGAAGAAUCGAGUACAGAAUCACCCAAAAAUGACCGAACUGAGCUGGAAAGGGACCUUCGCGCUGUCUUUGAUGCUGCAGAUGUUUGGGACGUCUGGACUCUGUGCCGUGUGUGGCUAUGCGAGGAGGCCCUUUGGGGUGUUGAUCAGGAGCCAGGCACAGCAAGAGACUUUGCGUACUUGGAAAGUCUGGAAAUGUUCAACAAGCACUGGAUACGCAAAACACAACAGGUGGCAGCGCCUGCGAGAAAUAUGUGGGAUUCCGACAACGAGUUUCUGCAGCGAAGACACAUUCAAGGCUCUCUAGAGGUAUGUACUGUGGAACCCUCAACCGGGAGAAAAGUACCCCAUGGUCAGCACAAUGUUUCGAUGGAUAUCACCCCUCUGGACUUUGCCAUCCAUGCAGCUGCCAAGCAGCUGUCGAAGAAGGUGAAAGAUCAGAAGAGAACACGAAGCAAGGGAAAAGGUACCAGCCAGAACAUUACAAGUGGAAUCACCGGGGUGGAAAUCUCGUAUUCAAUCGGCGCAAGCUGA